AUGGGCAGCUAUUCUGAAGAGCCAGAGUUCAAAACUCUUAGUAUCAAGAAACUUCACCCUACCUUCGCGGCCGAGGUCGAGGGCGUCAACUUCCAGAACCUGUCCGAUGAACAGUUUCAGGAGAUUUUUGCCGCUAUGGCCAAGUAUGGCGUUUGCAUGUUCCGCAGCACUGGUCUUUCCGACGAAGCGCAUAUUGCAUUCUCCAAACGGAUUGGUGAUCUAGACACAAUGAGACGGUACAUGGUUGAUGGCCGCAAGCCGAGAUACGGGCACUACGAACUAUUCGACGCAGGAAACAUUGACGACCAAGGCGGCGUGCUAGAUCCCAACAGUCCGCGAGCACACUACGGGAAGGGAAAUGCUUUGUUCCACGUCGACUCUUCGUUCAACCCUCGACGUGCGAGCUUCUCACUCCUCCGCGCGGUCCACAUCCCUCCACCCGGAAACGGCGGAAACACCGACUUUGCUGACUCCCGCACCGCGUGGGAUGAGCUGGACCCGGAGUUCCAGAAGGAACUGCUCGAGAAGGACUACACCGUCAACCACUCGAUCGCGCAAUCGCGAAAGCUGGGCUCGCCGGAGUUCUUCAAGGACCUCGACCCGACCAACGGCGGCGUGAUGGCCCGGCACCGCCUCAUCCAGACCCACGAACCCAGCGGCCGCCGGAACAUCUACAUCGCCGCGCAUUCCCACUCGAUCGAGGGUCUGCCCAAGGAGGAAUCCGACGCGUUGAUCAAGAAGCUGCUCGACCACGUGACGCAGAAGAAGUACACCACCAGCGUCGAGUGGAAGAACCCGUCGGACAUGAUCAUCUGGGACAACAGAUGUACUCUGCACCGCGCAAACGGGGGCACGUUCGAGGGCAAGUACAAGCGAGAUCUGCGGAGGACUACCGUGCAUGAUGACAGCAGCACGGCUUGGGGGUUGAAUGAAAAACAGGACACGGACGACUGGGUCGUCAAUCACUCCGCCACAAAGGCCGCAGCUCAGACGCAGGUCAAAUAG